AUGGCAGCUGUUACUAUUAUUAUUUCUGGGAGGGGAUCUGUGGGUAUUAUGUAUUCCACUCCCAGCCCUGGAACCAUGAUGAGUGAUGAUGCUGGCUCUGCCUCCAACUGGGGGCUGAAUUCUGGUUGGGGCUGCUUCUGGGAAAUUUGCUAUUCAAGCUCUGAACUCCAGGAUGAAAACCAGAGCUCUCGGUUUGUAGCUCAGGCCCUGAGGGACCUUGGACCAGGUGUGGAGUCAAAGACGGUGUCUCAGUCAAGGAUCUUUUGGCUGCAAGUAACAGAAGAUCCCUUGGAGGAGGAAAUAGAAACCCACUCCAGUAUUCUUGCCUGA